AUGUCCUCGUCAACCACUCCUGCGGCAGACAGGCCAACGCGCACAUUGUCAACCGGCGAAGGCUUCGUGCUCGGAGGUAUCGCAGCUUGUAUUGCCGUCACCUUCUCGAAUCCAGCAGAGGUUGCCAAAACCCGUCUGCAGUUGCAGGGCGAACUCGCGAAGGGCGGUGGAAAGAAGGUUUACAACAAUGUGCUUGACGUGUUCGUGAAAACAUGGCGGAAUGAAGGAUUGAGGGGUAUGCAGCGCGGACUGCCGCCAGCAUACGCCUACCAGAUGCUGCUCAACGGCUCACGUCUGGGGUUCUAUGAUCCAUUGAGGAAGGCUCUAAAUAGCUUAUUUGGACUGGACGCCAGCGUCCAGAACCCAUUCACAUCCGUUGCUGCUGGUGCUGGAAGUGGUGCCAUCGGAGCGUCGCUCGGUAAUCCAUUGUUCCUAAUCAAAGCACGCAUGCAGGCGUACUCGCCAGCAUUACCCGUCGGCGCCCAACAUUUCUAUAAGAGUUCAACGCACGCUUUGCGGACCAUCUGGCAGACCGAGGGUCCUCGUGGCCUGAUUCGAGGCGUUGAUGCAGCUAUCCUGCGUACAGCUAUGGGGUCUUCUGUCCAACUACCGACCUACAACUGGACAAAGAAUCAACUAGUUUCGAACGGAAUUCUUCCAGACAAGAGCGUCUGGACGUAUCUUGCUUCCAGUUCUGUUUCCGGUAUUUGCGUGCUUCUCGUGAUGCAGCCUGCCGAUACGGCCUUGACACGGGUUUACAACCAACCGACACAGACAUUGCCAAACGGCCGUAUUGUUGGAACGCUGUACAAGAACCCCAUUGAUUGUCUAUGGAAGACCUUUAAGACGGAAGGUCCUCUAGCAUGGUACAAGGGCUCGACGGCUCAUUUCCUCCGCAUAGCGCCACAUACCAUCAUCACACUCACCGCCAACGACCUCAUUCUAAACCUCUACAAAAAGUACGCUCUAUAA